CGCUCAGCCAGUGGUGUAUACUGUACCUUGGUACGGGGCUGUUAAACAGCUUGGAGCAUGUAAAAAAAAACUGGAAGAUUUCUUCAUACAUACUGACUAGAGCUCAACAUAUCAGGUCCCAAGUUCACAGCCGACUGCAGGUCUCUGCACCACCUCCAUCGAUUACUGGCUCCAGAGAUCAGCUGUACUAUAAGACCUGAGCAGAAGUUGAUACAUUAUAGAGUGAGAAAUGACCAUCAGCAACUACUCAAGCUUGGAACUUCCACCACAUCACAAGGAUGUUCCCCGCAGCCUUGAUCAAAUUGAUAUCUACAAUCAAAGUGUGAUAAACAGCAGCCUUGGAUUCUGUGAUGUAAACCCUAUGGAAUGUAAUUUGACAGUGGAGGAAAUCCUGUUCAAGUACCUGGGUCCACGUCGGUCCAACAACUUCACCACCAUUUGUGUGAUAUACCUUCUUAUCUUUGCAGUUGGUGCUGUGGGGAAUACUUUAACUUGCAUUGUGAUUAUUAAACACAAGAUCAUGAGAACUCCUACAAAUUACUACCUAUUUAGCCUUGCAAUUUCUGAUUUAAUGGUUCUCGUAAUGGGAAUGCCUCUCGAGCUGCAUGAGAUCUGGAGUAACUAUCCAUUUGUUUUUGGGAAGGGUGUAUGCACCUUCAAAACUCUACUAUUUGAGACAGUUUGCUUUGCUUCCAUCUUGAAUGUAACUGCACUUAGUGUGGAGAGAUACAUUGCUGUGGUUCAUCCUCUUCGGGCCAAGUAUGUAGUAACUAGGAAUCAUGCAAAGAGAGUUAUCAUAUCUGUGUGGGUUUUAUCUGUUCUGUGCUCUAUUCCCAACACCAGCCUGUUUGGAAUCUACCAACUGAAUGUGUCUGGUCUUGGCAUAGUACCCGGCUCUGAAACAUGUAACUUAGUGCGACCAAGAUGGAUUUACAAUGUUAUUAUUCAGAUUACCACAAUAAUCUUCUUCUUCUUACCAAUGGGCACCAUCAGUGUUCUGUAUCUUCUGAUUGGUCUUCAACUUAAAAGGGAGAAGAUGUUGCAAGUUUUAGAGGCUAAAUCUGGGGGAGAUGGAGACAGUUACCAAAAUGUUAGACUUCAACAAGAGAAAAGUCGAAGGAAACAGGUGACUAAGAUGCUGUUUAUCCUUGUGGUGGUGUUUGGUCUUUGCUGGGCUCCCUUCCAUACUGAACGUCUGCUGUGGAGUUUCAUUAACAACUGGACAGAAGAGUUGCACGAGAUAUUUGGUUUUGUCCAUAUUAUCUCUGGUGUCUUAUUUUACCUCAGUUCGGUAGUUAAUCCAAUCCUGUAUAACCUACUGUCUACACGUUUUCGUGAGAUGUUCAAGGAGGUCAUGUGUCAUGGGAGGAAAAAAAGGCUAGGUUCUCGAAGGUCUUCACCAAGUGUCACACGGGUUACUACACGAAGCACGAUGUGUGAGCAUGUACCGGGAAAUGGACAUCCUUUCUCCGAUGUGGAUGAAUUUGAGGUCUAUGUAGAGUGUGAUAAUGUGGCCAAAAAUGAAUCAUCUUUUUCUUGAUCACCUUUCUUUUCUAUAGCCAGGGUGUAUUAUUGCAAUGGCCCUUGGAUUAAGAUACAGACUAUACGCUGAUAUAGACAAACUGUGCUUACACAACAUUCUCUAAUUCAAUGGGAUCUGCAGAAUAACAUUUUUUUUGACUCUUUUCCUUUCAAUACCCCAGUGAUGAAUGAGUCAAUAGUAGCUACACUUUUCCAAAAGCACCUAUACAGAUUAAAUGUUUUUUCUCUGACAACAGAGCUGUCCACACCAACCCAUAUUGUCCUCUUAGGAUCACAAGACACUUAUAUGGGAUUGGUGCUGUUAUAUACAGCAAUGGAAGAGUGUGAGAGGUUAGAUUUAUUAACAAUUCUUCCAAACUGCUUUCUCUGGAAGGUCUCAUCUGUGCACGUCUUCUCAUUGUAAAAUGUCAGUAGAAUUAGAAAAGUCUGGAUCAUAUUGUACAUUCCAGAAACAGAAGCCAGAGUGGUUAGUAAUCUGUGCAGCCAAUAAUUUAAGAGAGGCCACUGCUGAUUAUUCGGGAUAUGUAGAAUAAAUUACAAUUUCCUUUGUUUGCACCGUAUACAUACUGUAGGUUGUCAGAGUUAUCAUUAACUAAAACAAUGCUUUUAUCUCAUUUCAACUAAUAGGACUCUCAAAGUGUAAUCUACGCUCUAAGGGCCUAAUUCAGCAUGAGUUGUAGUUUUGUGAAAAUUCGCAAAACUGCAACUCAUUCCACUAGCAUGCGGGGGUUAGCACAGCACAGGGCAAGGCCGCUCCGUAACCGGUCCGGACAUGCCUCCUCUGUCCGGACCGUGCCCCCCCCCCCCAACGCUGCAUCGACGCCUCCAAAACACUACAUUGACGCCCCCGCCUGCCCUGCAAACUCCUCUACCUGUCAAUCAGGCAGAGGCGCUCGCAUAAGUGAGAUGCCGUCGCAUCUCAAUGUGUGCGCACGCAAAGUGCAGCUACUGUGCAUGCACACACUGCACAGGUGCUUCAGUAUGCAACCGCAUCGCAGUUGCAUCUCACUCUGAAUUAGGCCCUAUAUUCACUAUGGGCCCUAUGUGGAAUUAUACGGAAUUGCAAAAUGUGUACGUAAACAUAUUUGCGUCUUUGCUGCCUAUUCAGAGUCAGUCACAUAUGCAAGUCUCAGGCUACAGUUCCCUUCCAUUGUCUAUGGCUCCCUCCACUUGCUUGAUGCAGCUGGAUCACAACGGCAGCGUGGGCAUUGGCAUAUUUAUAAUGGGUGCAGUGUGAGCGGUGCACACAGGUCCCUGAGUCCAGGGGGACACACACUGCACCCAUUUUUUUUAAUACUUAUCCCUCCAGAGUCCCACGCCGAUGGCAACAGCGCUGCAGAAAUCACUGGGAAAAUAGUCACCAUGCCAUUCUCCAGGAGAUCUGCAUAUGCGUAUUAGGAUGUAAGCACUCUAGUACUCAGACUCUCUACAGCGCUGCUCUGCUGCCAGCACCUGGCAGAGAGGAGGAGGCCCGGACGGAGGUGGCAGCGCACAAACCUCCUCCUCUCUUAAAACACCCCUGGGUGGGGUUUCACUGUUAAUUCUGAAAUUGCUAGUACACAAUGGAACGCAUUGCAGUUAAUAAGUAUUCAAGUGGAUAGUGCAGAUAAUAAGUACCCAAGUGGAUUGGAACAUGUAUAAUGCAAAGAGUAGCAGACACAAAUGGGACAUUUUAUUUAGUGACAGCAUUUAAAAAUGUAUGUGCAGGCUUCCCCUUCCCUUACUGAAUGUAUGCAUUAUUUGAUCAAAACAAUUGUGCUUUAGUACAAAGUGACUUUCAAGUUUAAGGAUUUUGCAUAAAUGAGUGUUUUCACUGUGUGGACAGGAUGUACUAUGCAUCGCUUGGCGGAUGCAAUACAUCCCACCACUUAUUGUGUAGAUGCCAGCGUUAAUAACACUGGUAUGAAACUAGAAAUGCAAUUAAAAUCGCAGUGGACAGCUUUCCUUUGGGAUAGAAGGACUUCCAAGUUUUUUUUAUCCGGGAGUCCUGUGCAUGCACAGAAUGACACAGGCACUGCAGGGGACACUGGGAGGGAUCUAAUUGGAUCAUUCUCAGAGUAGAACAUGAAAAGAAGCCCAUAGGAAACUAUAAUGCACUGCCAUCUACAGAUGGCGUCCCUUACUGGAUCCAAACUCUACAAUGUAUUGCAUUAAGGAGCUUGGAAGUGGUGGAUUUCCCACUAGGCAUGUGAGGCACAUGCCUAGGGGCGGCACUUGGCAGGUGGGUGGCACAGCAUGCUGAUGAGGCCAGGAUAUUUAUAGGGGAAAUAUAUAUAUAUAUAUAUAUAUAUAUAUAUAUAUAUAUAUGUUAUAACUAAACUCAGAAAAUGGCUUUUUGAAAUUGUGCCCACAUGUCCAGCUUUAUUACAUCUUACCCUGUUUUUCAAUCAUACGUAAUCAAAAUUUUAAACGGUACACUUAAACUAGGGUUAGAGCACCCACAACUCAGACCCCUCCAAGAAGUUGCACUUGAGACUUCUCAGAAGCCAUUUUAUAUGACUACACCUUCCCACCCUGUCCUUAGCAUACCUCCCAACCACUGGGAGUAUGAAGGUGGGACAUGAAGAUGUGUGGCUUUACUUCACUGCCCCAUUUACAGCACUCUGUGGGCAUGCCAAGCACUCCCUGAGCUGCUGGUCUUUCCCCGGGCUCACCGUAAACUUUUUAGAAGCCAUACGCUUGCAUGUGGCAUCUAUUACCCACUGCUCUGUGGUGAUGAAUGCUCACCCAGCCUCCUCCUCCUUCACACUGUGGAGAACUGCAGCCAAAAAGCUGGACUGUCCCGCUGAAAGCAGAACAGGUUUGCCCUAACGUACUUUAGCUGCAACUGCAGCCCCACUACCCACGCCUGCGCUCCCAUUCCAGCGCUGGUCUCGGCCACCUAGAUGUGCACCAUCGCAAGUCAUGUCACAACUGAAAAAAAGCUGUGAAUUGUGACAUUUUGAUAAAAUAAAAAACAAUGCAAUUUUAGACCUAAAAAGAUGCAAAUUGCUUUUCUCUUACGUCCUAGAGGAUGCUGGGGACUCCAAAAG